AUGGAGAAGGCCAUCAACAGGCUACACAGCAAGAGGAAGCAACGGGAGAAUGACCGUCCUAUUCCCGACGACCUCGCCGUCGUUGCCUCCAACGAGCAGCUCGAGGAAGACCUCGCUGCCCUCCUGGAGCUGAAAAGACAGGGAUUGAUGAUCGAGGGGCUCAGUGUCAACACCGUGUUCCUCGGCGGGCUCACCCGCCUAAGCAAGCGCUCCAAUAUUUUCGCGACCGUUCGGGCGGGCGGGGGCAGGCCCGAGGGCGGUCUCCUGUCCGCCGAAGAACACCUUGCUAUUGCUAGGAAGGACGAAGAAGAGAAGGAGGCAGCUGAGAAAGCAAAGGCAGAACGAGCAGAGGCAAGGGCAGCGGGGGAGGCCNGGGAGAGCCGGAGGGCGAGGCGCAGGGAGGAGUGGGGGGCGAGGCGAGGGAAGGGGUGGAGGGCGGGGAGAGAUGAGCGUGGGGGGUGGGCAAAGGGGAAGGGCAAGACGGGCGUGACCAGGGACAGGGUGGCCAGGGCCGCCCCGCAGGUGCUCGCGGAGACGGAAGGAGGGCGGGUAGACGGGUGGGGGCCGGUGCUCGCGUCCAAGGAGGAGCCGGACGGCCGAGAGGGGCGGUGGUUCCCUUGGUUCAGCCGCCGCAGCCGGCGGCCCCCGUUUCUUCUCGAGGACGGCAACAGACCCCGACACGAAUCGUUGAUGUUUAGACUAGAUGCUCUACGGUUGUCGUUUCUUCAGGGGUAGUCUACGCGGUGGAUGAGUUAUUCGAGUCAGACGUCAGCAUACGCAUUUCGAGCGUCUAGGUGCCGAUAUGCAUCUCAGGAAUAGCAUGUUGUUGUGCUUAUUCAGCUCUUGGGAGUAAUUUUGGAUCAUGCCACGGGGAGCAGGAGGGGAGGGGGGGUUGCCUACAGCUGUUUUCCGGAACCCCGGGGACGUUGAAAUGCUGUCCCCGGGCCUGAAGAGCUUUUGAUCGUUUUUGCUGCUUCGCGACUUGAGAUGAUCGCCUUGAAAGGACCUUUCGAUGGGGCGUUCGGGUGGUGGGAAACAGUUUCGAUUUUCUGCGACAAGUCUCACCGCAGCACCAAGCUGCUUCUUGCCUUUGCCGAGUUUACGUGUUUGAACGCAUGAAAAGAGGCGUCAAAUGAGCCUCAGACGUCAUUGUUUUUUUUUAAAGUAAAACUGCUGUGCCUUUGUGGUUUGCAGGGCUAUGUAUAAAUGAUCGGGGUGCACUCCAGGACUGGGGGUCAGGGGGGGGGGCGUACUCUUAUGUUUUGCAUGCCUUAGCGACAUUGACCACGCGUCCUCGAGAGGACGGAACAUUGUUCCCGCAGGACCGAUCACCCAUGGCCAAUCGUUCCAUUCUACUUUGCCGAAGGUGGCUCAAAAAUGUCUUUCCUAGUCUGUCUAUCCUAACAAUAUCCAUUACCGCCUUUUCAACCCACCUCCUUUGCCCCAGUACAGCUACCGUCCUUUCCUCUCUAUUCCAUGCCUCAAACAUCUCCCUGUACGUUCCAUCUAUUUUUCCCAGCUCAGUCACGUACACUUCCCUCUCCUUCUUGUACAACGGACAUUCCGCGACUACAUGAACACGGUCUUCGCAUUCGAAGCCGCAAUCACAUUUGAACUCGUCGUCUUCCUCGUCUACCGUCCUAUGUCUUCGUCGACGUUCUCGAAGGCCUAUGUCCCCGGUCCUGAAUUUGACCUUAAGCUUUGUUCCUGCAUCCAUUGGUCCAUGUAGGUAGUCCUUGAACCCUAUUCCUUCCUUCAACAUUCCGUACACUUCUAGACCCUCCUUAUCCUUGGAUUCUUUCCUCAGAUUCUGUUCUUCUCUCUCGGCACAAGCAACAGAUAUCUUCUCCUUGAACCCCUGUAGACCCUCCGUUUCCAGCGUUUCAUCUUCGUCGAUGUCGAGCCCCUUCCAUACGUCCUCUACAACCUUGACCCAUUCCGUGGGUUGUCUACCCCUCUUUUUGUUUGCCCACUUCGCCUCCCAUACAAUUCUCGGCAACCUCUCCUCUCCCAUCCCGCACAUGCGAUACUGCCAGGUCAGCUUCCUCGCGUCUCUUCCCGACCGUAGGGAUUGGAUCCCCAAUUCUGCCCUCACGGCUGCAUUACUUGUGCGCCUGGAGCAUCCUAGGAUGGUUUUCGCUGCUUUCAUCUGCGCCGCCUCGAGUUCUUUCACUACCUUCUUAUUUCCUUCCCAUACUUCUCCGGCGUACUCUAGCGGCGGUACGAUUACGCUCUUCAAAACCGUCAAUUUGAUGCGUGUAUCGAGGUGCCGGUUUGCGAGUAUUGGGUGCAGCUUCCCUGCUCGUGCUUUGCCCUUUUCCGCUACCUUGGACAUGUGUGCAUUCCACGAGCAGUCUUUUGCGAUCUCUACUCCAAGGUAUGUGUACUGGUCCACUACUGCAAUCUCCUCGAUCCCCCACUUCCAUCUAUGUUCUACUGGUUCCUCCUUGUUCUCGUUGCAUACCAUGACGGCACUCUUCUGAACGUUGGCAGACAAUCUCCACUUAUCAGUAAACUUCUUCGCCGCGUCAAUUUGCAGUUGCAGUCCCUCAGGGGUGUCCGACAUACCGACAAAAUCAUCCGCAAACAGCAUUCCUGAAACCGACGUUUCCGUGUCCCCUACUUUUACUCCCUUCCGGACUGCCUCUACGACUUCCAACAGAUCGUUGAUGAACACCUGGAACAAUGUUGGGGACAGCGUGCAACCUUGUGGGACCCCCUGCUCAAUGUCGAAGAAUUUUGACAGUUCUCCGUCUAGCAUGACCGCGCUUUUCGUGCACUCUGUCAUCUUCUUCAGCACCCUCCACAAUUUCCCCUUGAUCCUGUAUUGGACAGUUGUUUCCACAACCCAUUUCUCCAUACGGUGUCGUAUGCCUUUUUCACGUCCAGGAAGAAGCAGUACGUCGGCUUUCCCGCCCUCUUUCUACCUUGGAUGAUUCUCCCUACCGUGAACACGUGGUCUACGCACCCCCUCUUCUUGCGGAAACCUGCCUGGCCCUCACUAAUGCUAUGUUCCUUCUCCAAUACUCCCACUAUCCUAUCGUUCAACAGCUUACAGAACACUUUUCCUACUGUGUUCAACAGUGUGAUCCCCCUGUAGUUUCCUGGGUCAGUCUUGUCUCCUUUCUUGAACAAGUUCACAACCACUCCUUCCCUCCAUCUACUUGGCGUAUACUCGUUUUUCCACACCCAAUUGUAUAGCAGUACCAUCAGCUGGAUCAUCCCCUUCCCCCCAAACUUCAUGAACUCGUUGACUAUCCCAUCCGCUCCUGCUGCUUUGUGGCACUUCAGCUUGUUCACACACGCCUCAACCUCGUCCUCAGUGAACUCCUUUUCUAGUUCUACGUUCCCAACGUCUGCCUUCGAUGUCGCUUCUUGUUUUUGGGCCCACGCGUCCACCUCCUUCUUAAACACUUGGUCAAAAGCUUCAUUCUCCGAGGGCACUCCAAGUCUCUUG